UCUCUGUGGUCGCUCGUAGACAUCUCUAUCAGUCUCCUUGCUGUUGUCGUGGGUUUCUGUGGACUCGCCCUGUUGGUAGUCUCUCUCUUUGUCUUUUGGAAGCUGUGCUGGCCCAUCUGGAGGAGCAAGGCCCUCUCGUCCCACGUCAACAAUGGCCCCCGUGUCGGGAUCCCCGAGGCCCCUCCGCCGGCCCCCCUGCCCGUCACACCCCUCCACAAGGUGGCACCAAUGGAGGAGGAGAUGAAGCCUGUGUCAGUGGUGAAGGUGAACGGGCGUUGCAGCUCCGUGAAGCUGCUAGAGGCGGCCAUGAAGAUCAGCCAGACAUCCCCGGACAUCCCUGCUGAGGUGCAGACGGCUCUCAGGGAGAGGUUGGGCCAGCAGGCCAAGAUUCAGAGGCAGACCACCGACCCCACCUCGUCCUCCAGGCACAAUUCAUUCCGCCGCCAUCUGCCUCGCCAGAUGAACGUGACGAGUGUGGACUUCAGCAUGGACACGCUCCCCAUCCGCCAGUCGUCCACCGUAAGCAUCGGCCGCAUCAAGCCAGAGCUCUACAAGCAGAAGUCUGUGGACUCCGAGGACGGGACCCASGAGCCGGUGGAGACGUGCGGUAAGCUGAGCUUCUCCCUGCUCUACGACUACGAGGAACAGGCGCUGGURGUCACGAUCCUCAAGGCCCUGGAACUGCCGGCCAAGGACUUCACUGGCACCUCCGACCCUUACGUCAAGAUCUACCUGCUGCCAGAGAGACAGAAGAAGUUCCAGACGCGUGUCCACCGCAAGACGCUCAACCCCAYGUUCGACGAGGCCUUCUGCUUCCCCGUGGAGUACGACCAGCUGUGCAACCGCAAACUGCACUUCAGUGUCUACGACUUUGACCGCUUCACCAGCCACGACAUGAUCGGCGAGGUGGUGGUGGACAACCUCUUCGAGCUCUCCGACCUCUCGAGGGAGGCAGUGGUGUGGAAGGACAUUCACGCUGCGACCACGGAGAGUGUGGAUCUAGGGGAGAUCAUGUACUCUCUAUGCUACCUGCCCACAGCAGGACGGAUGACACUGACCGUCAUCAAGUGCCGGAACCUCAAAGCCAUGGACAUCACUGGCUCCUCAGAUCCCUAUGUAAAGGUUUCUCUGCUCUGUGACGGACGGAGGCUGAAGAAGCGGAAAACUACCACCAAGAAAAGCACAUUGAACCCGGUGUACAACGAGGCCAUCAUCUUUGACAUCCCCCCAGAGAACGUGGAACAGGUCAGCCUGUCCAUCAUGGUGAUGGACUAUGAACCGUGGCCAGGAAGAGCGACAAGCUUUGAGAGCCAGGGGUCUUGUCCUUCCCCCAAACCUCCACAAACUCCAUAG